GGAUACAAAGUCAGCCUAGAGACUGACAGCUCCGUCUAGAAAUUGUACGUCUUUUGGAGAAAAAAAGCUAUUUGAUUGUGAAGGACAACUGGCCAACCGACUGACCCAGAUGAGUAAGGACUCCAAGACUAUUCAUUUUGUGGAAUUGGAUUAUGGAAUCUGAUGGUGGAUAUUUGGAUGUGAUCACACGCCCAUGCGACAGUGUCAAUGGAUGUUGUGAUGCACAGUUGCCAGGCUUUUUUUUUCCGUAAAUGUUUGAAUAUUUAAUAUUUGGUUUAUUUGAACCAGAAGACAAGACGCCAUAUACACAUGAAGAUUGGAUUCUAAUGACAUUUUGCGCUAAAAUGGAGGAUUAGGCUUUUAUUAGGCCUGUUACAUUAUUAUUAUUAUUAUUAUUAUUAUUAUUAUUAUUAUUAUUGGUAUUGUUAAUGCCUCGAGGAUGGUGCAAUGGUCCAUCAUAGCCAAAGAAAACACGUUACCGUAGAGGAUUAAUCGCCUUAUUUGUAUCACGUCAACUCGGAUCAGAGAUACACAAAUAUUUGCAACUGGAAUUACAUCGUAAUGCCUUCACAAAACCCAUCAUUUAUUAUUGUUGUAGGCUAUUUCGUUCUCUAGCCUAGCGUGUGAAGGUGUCGAAAAGCACUGAAAUAUAUUCCUUAGAGCCAGCAGGUGCGGGAUCUUUGAUCACAAAUAACUGAAAUGUGCAACAUUGUAUCCAUAUAAGUAGACACGGCUAUUGCUUAUGAUUACAAAUGUAUCAGAUGAUUUGAAUGAGCAUCGUCUUAUAGCAUACAAAAUGAACGUUUGAUAAUAAUGGCUAAAACAGACCGUUCUGUACCAAUGGUGUCUAUGUCUCUGUCGCGAGGACUCGCGCGUUCGUGUAUGCUCACUGUAUCGCGUUUAUUGAAACAUUACAGUUCGCAGAACAUAGGCCGGACAAUAUAACAAGACAAACGAUCAAUCAUUGAUGUGCGCUGACUACAAAGAUGCUAAAUGUACAGUCACUCAAUUGUCUUUGCCUGACUGCUGUCCGCCGUAAUUCCCCAUCUAAAAAUGGACGAGUAGGCUAUUUAAGGACAUUAAACUGGCUUAUACGUUUAUCGAUGUAGGCCUACAUGAUUUAGAAGAGGCAGCAGCAAAGUAGGGAAAUAUUUAAAUCUAUAUUUCAACAAAGUACGAGGUCAAGACAAAUUGCUGUAUUUCAUCGCUGUCAAAAAGCCAAUGACCCUGUAAAAACGAGAUGUCAGACAAGCGAUAUUCUUCUGCGCUGUGCUUGGUUGGAAAUAGCAACGAUCCUUGCGUAGAGGAUGUUAAACUAUACAGAUUAAACUAUUUAGAAUCAGAAUGUUUUGUUACACGUGGUGCAAUUGAUCUAUAACUAGCCUAUUUAGAUGUGUAAAAAUUCAAGGAACUAAAAAUGGUAAGAUACCAUAAUAAACUCAACUUUUGUGGUCCACUCAGACCAUCAAGCUCUUGCUGAAUCUUGAGAGGGAGACAGUAAAUAAAAUCAGUAGUCUAAUAUAAAAUAGCAAUAGAUGCUUUGAGGAUCAUAAGCCCCCCACAGAGAUACCGUAGUUGUAAAAGCAGUGUGGGAUGUUACAGAGACCCGUGUUCAGAACCUGACCAUGUUGUCCUGAGCAGCACAAAGCAAUCCCAUCCAGAAGGACCUAAUCUCACAGUACUAAAGAGGGAACACAUGGUCUACUUUGGGAUUUUCCUAGGCCAGCCUUGACUCUCUGGUAGCUUUCUAGAACAUACAUUGGAGAAUAAUCAGUAGCCUCUCUCAGGGAUAGCCAUGGGUCUGCCCUGAGUGCUUUUUCCCUUUAGAAACACACCCAAGAGUGAACCUGUUGUAGGAAUACAUGUUAAAUACACACUGCAUUAUACAUGGUAAUACAGACUGCUACACACACAUGAUUGGUGACAGGAACUGGAACUACCCCAGUAGAAGGGGACAGUGAUGGGACAGUGGAGCUUUGGCCUGCCUGUCUGUCUCUCCUCUGGUUAAGGAGGCCUGGAUUCGGCUGAUGGGCCCUGCAUGGAUUUUGUGCGUGAGUUGACAGAGGGCAGGCCCACACCGCUGACCAGCAGCCGAGUAGCCAUGGACCCGUAUGCCAGAGCAAGCAGCACAGCAGCCCCCCUGCCCUGCACCAGCUGUGGGGGCUGCUGCGACCCUCCUCCCCCUGGCCUCGUGCUCGCUGGUCCCCUUGGCCCCCCUUAUGGCCCCCCUCUCUCCUCCAUGCCCCCACACAUGACCCCCGCUCCCCCGGUGUGUUCUGCUACAGCUGUCCAGGCUGAGAAUGGCAGCAGCUGGAACUCCUCCUCUGGUUCUCCAGACUCCCACCCCGGCGGCUCUACCACCUCCAACCCCUACUGGAUGGCUGUGUUUGACUACGAGGCCACGGCAGACGAGGAGCUGACUCUGCGGCGCGGGGACCUCCUUGAGGUCCUCUCCAAGGACUCCAAAGUGUCCGGGGACGAGGGCUGGUGGACGGGCAAGAUCCAGGACCAGGUGGGCAUCUUCCCAUGCAACUACGUUACUCGGAGGGACGCCGGCAGCUACCCGCAGCUAACCCCAGGAGGGCUGGUGGCGGGUGGGGUGCCUGAGGGGUGCCCCCUGGAGAUCGACUUCACGGAGCUGGUGCUGGAGGAGGUGAUCGGGGCGGGGGGGUUUGGGAAGGUGUAUAGGGGGAUGUGGAAAGGGGAGGAGGUGGCAGUUAAAGCUGCCAGGCAGGACCCUGACGAGGACAUUAGCGCCACAGCUGAAAGCGUACGACAAGAGGCCAGGCUUUUCUGGAUGCUCAGACACCCCAACAUCAUCAACCUGAUAGGGGUGUGCCUGCGAGAACCCAACCUCUGCCUAGUGAUGGAGUAUGCCCGCGGGGGGGCCCUGAACAGAGCCCUAGCUGGGAAGAAGGUGCCCCCCAGGGUGCUGGUGAACUGGGCCGUGCAGAUCGCCACAGGGAUGGACUACCUGCACAAUCAGACCUUUGUACCGGUUAUACACAGAGACCUCAAGUCUAGCAACAUCUUAAUCCUGGAGCCCAUUGAGAGGGAGGAUCUGGGUGGUAGGACCCUGAAGAUCACCGAUUUUGGCCUGGCACGAGAGUGGCACCAGACCACCAAGAUGAGUGCGGCGGGCACCUACGCCUGGAUGGCCCCCGAGGUCAUCAAACUCUCCCUGUUCUCCAAGAGCAGCGACGUCUGGAGUUUCGGGGUGUUGCUGUGGGAGCUGCUAACAGGAGAGGUUCCGUACCGUGAGAUAGAUGCGCUGGCCGUGGCGUACGGAGUGGCCAUGAACAAACUGACCCUGCCCGUCCCCUCCACCUGCCCCGAGCCCUUCGCACUCCUGCUGGCGGAGUGCUGGAGCCCUAACCCCCACAGUCGCCCGUCCUUCACUUGUAUCCUGAUGCGACUGCUGGCCAUCGAACAGUCGGCUAUGUUUCAGAUGCCCCUGGAGUCCUUCCACUCUCUGCAGGAGGACUGGAGGCUGGAGAUCCAGCAGAUGUUUGACGAGCUCAGGGCCAAGGAGAAGGAGUUGCGUUCCUGGGAGGAGGCGUUGGCUCGUGCGGCCGAGGAGCAGAGGGAACAGGAGGAGCAGCUGAAGAGGAGAGAGCAGGAGCUGGCUGAGAGAGAGAUCGAUAUCGUAGAACGUGAACUCAACAUCAUCAUCCACCAAAUGUACCAGGAGAAGCCCAGGGUCAAGAAGCGCAAGGGCCACUUCAAGAAGAGCAGACUGCUCAAGCUGGGCCGAGACAGCAACAGCAUCAGUCUGCCCUCUGGUUUUGAGCAUAAGAUCACAGUGCAGGCGUCUCCGAGUGUGGAUAAGAGGAAACCCCAGGGCAGUGAGAGCACCACACCUCCAGCCAGCCCAGGGGUCAUACCCCGCCUCAGGGCCAUACGAUUGACACCCAGCGAUGGCAGUAAGACAUGGGGCCGCAGUGCUGUGUGUAAGAAGGAGGACCUGGCAGCUAGCAAAAAGAAGGGACGCACCUGGGGCCCCAGCUCCACCCACCAGAGAGAGAGACUGGGCGGAGAGGACAGGUUGAAGUCCCUUGGCGAUGGAUGCAAGGUGUGGUCCUCUAGUGCACCGAAUCUGGGCAAGUCUCCCAAACACGCCCCCAUGACUGCUGGCUUCUCCAGCCUCAAUGAAAUGGAGGAGCACUGUGAGUUGGAGGUGUCACCCGGGUCUCUGAUGCCCCCAGAGCCCAGCAGUAACGGGUCUGUAGAGGAGGGAGGCCCCUCGUGGAGCGGGUUGGGGCCCGGACUGGGGCCUGCUGGACUGGGGAGCGGGGUGGGUUACCAGGACUCUCUGCGGCGCUGCAGCCAGAGGAAGAAGAGCGACCUGCUGCUGCUGGGCUGUGCCUCCCUCCUGGCCUCUGUAGGCCUGGGGGUGGACCUGCUACAGCUGGGGAGACUACAGGUACAACAGGACGAGCAGGACCUUAGAGAGGAGCAACGCAAGAAGAAGGACAGCAUUUUCCAGCGAACAGGUCGCUUCCGCCGCAGCACCUCUCCUCCGAGCCGCACCCUGUCCCUCUCUCUGUCCCGCCACCAUGAUUCUACUCUCCCCUGCACGGAUCCCUCUCCCUCAGUCACCCUCCUCUCCCUCUCCUCCCUCUCAGACUGCAACUCCACCAAAUCCCUCCUUCCCUCGGACCUUGAGGACUUGGCGUUGACCCCUGGAGUGGGCAUCUCCCUCCCCGUGGCGACCUCCGUCCCCUCCCUUAACCCCCUCCUGGAUCUGAGGGCAGAGAGCUUCAAGAGGGAGCCCAACCAGUCACUCACACCCACCCACGUGUCUGCAACCAUGAACAGGGGGCACAGACGCACCCCCUCUGAUGGGGCGAUACGCCCCCGUGCCCAAACCCUAGGGCACCGCAGGACCCCCUCGGACGGCAGCAUGCCCAUGCCGCCCCCGCCAGGGCCACCCACCCUCCCCCUACAUGCAGGUUACAGGGAGACCCUGGAUAUCCCCCGACUCCCUGACCCCUCCAGCCUCUUCCCAAGGGUCCUCCGCCGCAAGGCCCCUGCUCCGCCUGUCCCUGUCCUGGAGCCCCUGACCAUCAUCAGCCCCUUGGAGAGGCCCAAGACCCUGGAGUUUGCACCCCGGCCUCGGCCCACCCCAGCCAGGGUGCGACCAGACCCCUGGAAACUGGGCUCCCUGUCCAGGACCCUGAGCUCGUCCCCGGGCAGCAGCUGUGACAGUCCCCUGGGCUCUGGGGACAGCAGUGCCAGCACCAGCGCUGCAAGGCCCAACCUCAUGGACAUGGACGUGGAUGGACAGGAUCUGGAUGGCACUGUGCCUCUGUGUGGACAACACCAGGCUGCCCAGCUCUGUGGACAGAACUAUGGCUAAGCCACACUCUGCCACAUUACUGUAUAUGGGCAACACUACUCCUAGUGCACACUUCAAAGACUCCUAGUGUGCACUCUUUAUUCCUGGUACCCAAUCCCUUUGCGAACAGUACUUCUCCUAGUGUCUACUCAGAAGCCCACUUGUGCGGGCUGUGCCUCUCUCCUGGUGGUCACUCCUAAGCCUUGUAGUGUGCCCACUAGUCUCCUAGUGCUCCUAGUACUCACCCAGCAUCCGGGACAGCACUUGUCUUAGUGUCCCUUCCAAAGCCGCCUAGUGUGGGACAACAUUCCUCUAAGUGACCACUCUGCAGCCCCUAGAGUCCAAACCUUUAGUGCCCUAGUGACCAGUGUGCCCUCCUAACCUUCCGCAUAUUACUUGUCCUCUAAAAGGAAGGAACAUGUAAGCCAUUACACUUCCAGACAGACACUUCGAAGUGCUCAUUCCCAUUUACAUUUACUACAGUAGUACUCAUUCUGCUAAACCACUCCAUUGACGCUCUGCCUCUCUCUACACAGGUGUCAUGUCUGUCUCUGCUCACUCCUUCCCCAAAGACUAGGGCUGAAGCUUUGCCAGCCGUAGACAAUUCACACCCCUCAUCAGGGUUGGAAUUAUUCUCUUGGGAGUGCCCUUGACGUGUCCAUGUUUUAUUGUGGGAGUGCCCUGAUUUGUUAUGAGAGCACCUCUGGGUGUCCCCUCAUGUGGGCCCUGGUGCCCCUCCUUCAUAUUUACAUGUAGUCAUGGUAGGUAGAUGCUCAAAACCUGAUGGACUUCCAAAUCAGUGCAUAAGUUGCACUCUUAUUGUGCAUCCCCUUUUAUAGCACUAAUGUCCUCCUCCUUCACCUCCACAUAGCAUAGGGAUGGUCUCUGACCAAAGACUGCAACAGGAACAGGGAAGCCAUUUUAAGCUCCACAGCACAAUUUACAGGACUUUAUUUCCUCAGCUCUGUACAGCAGAUGAGUUUUAUUUUUCUCAAUGCUUGAACCAUUCCAGCCAUAACCUGUUUAGCACAGCCUUUUCUAUUGGUUUGGCGAAUUGUGUGUCUGUAUGUUUUGUCACCGCAUGUUAUUUAGUGUGAAUGAUGUACUGUAGAAGUAGCACAUCCGUUAUAAGAGAGCAGAAACAUGAUGUUUUUCUCCCUCAUUCUUUACCUUAUGUCCUCAUAGGGUUGCAAAAUGUCCGAUAUCUUUUCCAAAAUUCCCUGGUUUACCAGAAAUCCUGGUUGAAAGAUUCCUGGAAUAAGCAGGAAAUACGGGAAUCGUUGAACCAGGAUUUCUGGAAAACCAAGGCAUUUAGGGAAAGUUACUGUAAAUGUGAAACUCUAUGUCCUCAUAACCUGGAGUUUCUCAGCAAACGUCCUCUCUCACCUUCAUCACUGCUCUGUAUAGAGCCUCUGAUACACUCGGUUAUAUGGAAAGUUUACUACAACAACAGUCCUCUGAGAGCAGAGGAGGACCAUGGGAAAUGAGGGUUAAUCCACUUGCAAUAAAUGGUUGAUGAAUACUACCUGUUUUCUACAAAAAAUAAAUCCCACAUUCCGUACCCCUGACUUCCUUCCGUCACCUACUGGAUAGUGAUACAGCACCAUUGAAGGGAAAAAGGGGCACAAUCUUUGGUUAAAGAGCCAUGAUAUUGACAUUGAUAUGUCUGUGUCACAAUAGUACAGACUGUGAAGGACUUGACACAAGGUGCUUGGAAUGUGGAUGGCAAAUCGAAAGAACUCUGUAUUCUCUUGCAGGCCCAUGAGUGCCCCAUACUGUCUGGUUGCUGGAAGAAGAUGAAGAUAACCACUUUUUAAUGGCACAGUUGGUCAAGGCUACAGCCAAGUAUUUACUUGACUAUGUGUGUGGGAGUGUUUGUAUGUAUGUGUGUGUAUGCGUGCAUGCGUGGGUGUGUGUGUAUUUAGUGUUAUUAUUUGUAUGGGAUGGUGACAAUCCCAUAGGUAGAGGGGUGAGCCAAACCCACCCUUAUUCUCCUUGUGUGGUUAAGAAUGCUCAGAGUAUUUAUUUAAAUGAUGUUAUAAUUGAAAUAAUGAUUAAUUAUUGUUAUUAUGAUUCUCUUUCCGGAAUAUCUGUGUAUAUAUUUGUUAAUAUAACACAGACCAACCAAGGAAAACCAAGCAAACUGCAGACUGACGUUCAUGUACAGUGUGGAUGGGAGGAUGACUUCGAUCUAUCUCAACCUGUGACGUUCUGGGAUACGUGAUGAAAGAGUGAUGUGUUGUUGACUGUUGAGGUGUGAUGAUGAAUGAUUUAAUGAACAACAAAAUAAAAGAGGAAGAGAGAUG